CGGCUAGAAUCACAUGCCAUUCUUCCCAAACCUAGACGGCCAGCAUACCAGCCGACAAGCAUGUCCUUCGUGAACGCGUCUCGCCUGUUUCUAUUGACUUGAAGCAUCGCUUCUUAAUAUAAGAGAACAGCCAUGAGAGAUCGCUGGCUUACCAGCCAACCCAACCCCCGUUCGCCGCCAGCCCCUGACCCUCUUUACCCAGAAUGGACCUAUCGCCUGUCGAUGACGCCGAUAUGGACGAGCAGUCUUCCCAGCUCGCUGCAGUCCCUGAUCAAUAUGUCGAGACCCAGCUUCCAGAACUGACUCCUGCAAGCCCAGGCAGGACCCUCCUCCCAGCCACCGUGGCCAGGGCUGUGAGCUUUGCCACCAGAUCGACGACUCUCGCCUUGCGAGUUGGGACUCUAAUAGGCGGCUAUAGCUUGGGCGCUGCCAAGGUCACUACACUGUCGAGCCUGGAGCUGGGCCGCGGUAUUAUCGAGGGAAUUCUGAGCAGAGCCGGAAAAGAUGUGACAGCCCGGUCAAGGGGCGAGUUGGGGAAGGCAGAUGCCGAGACGUUGCUUGAACAGAGUCUGGAGAGCCUGCAUCGUACCAUGACCCAGAUCGUCUUCUGGACCGCGACAGGUUUUGAGAUGACGGGCACCGCCGUAUCCACCGUCUCCCAAGUGUCACAGCUCCUUCUCUCCUCCCUGGACCAGUUCUUCGGCUCCACCGAUUCCUCCAGGGCCAUCGCCAGCAUCAUUACCCUGAUCCGGCGAGAGUUUGAGAACCCCGCCACGGGGGUCCAGGGGGAACGAGUCGGGGUGGUGGACUUGGUCAUCGGCCUCUGUGGCCUGGCCUUCUUGCAAGGGUGGUCCCGCCGCCUGAUUGAUGAGGACUGCCGGCGCCUCGGCAUCGAGGAAGUUGUCUGGGACGUGGUUGUUCUCAAUGACGAACGGAUCGAUGUCCACGAGGAGAGUUUAUACGGCAUCCAUGCGGGGGCUGGCACACCCCAGAGCCCAUCCUCAGACAGGCACCUACUUGUUCACUCAGGGGAUCGAAAUAUCCUGGCUACGAUGAAAACCCAAGAUGCAGACGAUAGUGUCGAUGGCGACGAGGACCUCCCCGAGAUCGCCCUCAAAAGGCAAAUCAUGAGGUCAUUACCGCAGGACACCCAAGUCGCCAUCACGACCUCUGUUUCGACUACCAAGACUAUCACAGUUGAUAUCACAGGCAAUCAGACAUUUUCUGUAUCUCCGCCGCCAGGGGUGGAGCUGAUUGAGGAGGGCAGUGGAAGGCAUCAUGACAGCGAACACCAGGGGGGCGGGAGUGCAUCGCCAACAUGUCGAGUGGUCUAUCGGGUGACCCGUAACAAGGAAACUAGCACAUUUAUUCAAGGAGAAGAGAAUUACCAGCCGUCAUCGGGCUUUGUCGAACAAGCUGUAUGCGAUAGCGAGGAUGAGCUGUACCCAGACGACAGAGGAGCUGGCUUGUCUCCGCCGGUUCCUCUCAAGCUUGCCACGGAGAGCAUGGAGCAAGCAAGCAAGCAAACGUCCAGGUCUCACACCUUACCAUCCUCAUCUCGACUUGUCAAGCCAAGAGAUCCCCUAUCUAAGCUGGAUUCAGAGAAUGCCGCAAACCAGAAACGUCCCAGGACACCCCUAACGUCGCCGUCAUCACCAACCACUGCCACUCUAGCAUCUACACGGAGACAGAAUACACUAGUCAAAAGGAAGGAUGAUUCUUCCCAAUCUUCCAAACAGGUCGAAAAGAAAGGCGGGUUUCGCAGCGUCCUUCGGAAGGGUCCUGUUCCGGCUCUGUCAAACCUGCUACACAAGGAUGACUCUACUGGGCCAGGAUCUAGCACAGGUACCCCCAAGGGGAAACAGAAAUCCGCCACAGCCCCUACAAGUGCUUCGAAAGGCAAAUCUAUACAGCCCGGAGGUUCGAGGAAUUCCGCUAUUUCUCCUAUAGCUGUCCCGGGCCGAGCUCAAACUACGGCCUCAAUGCGCCAGGCGACACACGGUCCGCAAAGAAAGGUGGUCUCCGGCCAUCCACCUGUUCCUCCUAUCGUAGUAGACGUCGAUAACCCAUACUCGAGGAGCUCUUCUCGAGCGAGCCAUGUCUCGGUACACGAGAGAAGGAGGGACUCGAUUGUCUCCCAAACGGAUACCUACUCUAUACAGUCGGUCGAUACUUGCAGGCCCAUCUCACCCGCGUUCAAGCGCACAGAGGUGAUAUCCGGAAGAUCCAUGGUUAAAUCCAGGUCUGAGAAGGACGUAACCGAUCCCCGGCUUCUUUCACCACGCAAGCCUUGCCGCCGGGUUAAAUCCCACGCCCACACGCCGAGUAUAUAUACGUUGAAGACCAACGAUUCAGAAACGUCGCUGGUCCCCUUCCCAUAUUACCGGCGCAGUGCCUUCAGCGACGCCGAGGCCUUGGGGAGCCUGCGGCGAUCGGGCAUGGUGGAUGGCAUGUUCCCCAGAUACCAUCUAGUGCGCAACCUCGACCGGUACAUGCGCUUUGCCUCCGCCUCGUACGGGUCCAACUUUCUGAAAUACAUGGGCAUCGCCAAGGAAAUGCACAUCCUGCAGGCCCCCGACGACACGCACCGCGAGCUGCGCUCGUUCGCGCGCCACACCCGGUCCGAGGCAAACAGCAUCCUCCUAUCGUCCUUCGUGGACCCCCAGGGCGGCUCCGACUCGACGGGGUCGACAAACACGGGCGUGCCCCUCGUGCACUACGUGUCCCUGGACCACGAGUCCAAGGCGGUCGUGCUCGCCUGCCGCGGCACCCUGGGCUUCGAGGACGUGCUGGCGGACCUGACAUGCGACUACGACGACCUCACGUGGCGGGGCAAGGCGUACAAGGUGCACAAGGGCAUCCACGCCUCGGCCCGGCGCCUGCUGUACGGCGGCGACGGCCGCGUCCUCAUCACACUGAAGCAGGCCCUCGACGAGUUCACCGACUACGGCCUCGUGCUGACGGGCCACUCCCUCGGCGGCGCCGUGACCGCCCUCCUAGGCGUCAUGCUCUCGGAGCCCGCAUCGGCGGGGACGUCCUUCAUCACCUCGUCGCAGGUGCACAACCACAGGCUCCUCCUCCCAGACGGCACCAGCACCAGCACCAGCACCAGCACCAGCAGUUACCACCACCACCACGUCUCCUUGCCCCCCGGGCGACCCAUCCACGUGUACGCCUACGGCCCGCCGGCGACGAUGUCCUCGUCCCUGUGCGCGGCGACGCGCGGCCUCGUGACCAGCGUCGUGCACGGCAACGACCUGGUACCGCACCUCUCGCUCGGCGUCCUGCACGACCUGCAGGCCGUCGCGCUCGCGCUCAAGACGGACAACAGCGACGCCAAGGCCGAGGUGCGCCAGCGGGUCUGGGACGCCCUGCGCACCGGGCUGGUUGGGCAGUGGUACGGUGGCGGUGGUGGCGGUGGUGGUGGUGGUAGGCUCCCACCGUUGGAUGGUGAUGACGAUGACGAUAGGUGGGCGUAUGCUGCCCUCAAGGUCCUCCGCGCGAGCAUGAUGAGCCACAAGCUGCUGCCGCCGGGGGAGGUGUUUGCUGUCGAGAGCUCGACUGUGCUGCGGCGGGACGCGUUCCUGCGUGGGGAGAAAGGGGGUGACCGGCGGCAGCCGCAGCAGCGGGACCAGAACCUCGGCCGGCCGGCGAAGAGGGUCGUGCUCAAGUACGUCAGGGAUGUGGAGGAGCGGUUCCGCGAGGUCGAGUUCGGGACUAGUAUGUUGGCCGAUCACAGCCCUGGGAAGUAUGAGGAUGCGUUGAAUAGCUUGCGGUUUGGGGUCUUGGAUUCGUGAGCGGUUGGGUGUUGGGUUUGGGUGCGUAGGUUAGAGAGAUAGUGGAUUGGGUAACGGGUUUGAUACUUAAAUUUGUGAGUCGUUGGGUGUUGGGUUUGGGUGGUGCUUAGGUUUGGAUAGAUGGUGCGUUGGCUUACGGGGUUGGUAGGAAGCA